AUGCAGGCAGCACGUUUGACCAGAUCCACAUACUCCGCCGUCAACAGACAGGCAUUCAACCGCACCUUCUCCCUCUCCUCCGCAACAAAGAUCGCCUCUACCCAGAUCCGCUUCCGCUCCUCAGCCGCCACCGCAGAAGCCUCCUCUUCUAGCCCUGCAGUUGCAGAAUCAGCAGCACCACAACUUCACCCUCUGGAACGCCAACGACAAUAUCAACAGCUAAAGAAAGCAAAGCCAGCCCAUGACCACUCAUUUGUGGGCAUGUCUGGAGGCCAGAUCUUCCACGAGAUGAUGUUGCGCCACGACGUGAAGCAUGUUUUUGGAUACCCAGGAGGAGCCAUUUUGCCCGUCUUUGAUGCCAUCUACAACUCGAAGCAGUUCGAGUUCAUCCUCCCCAGAGCUGAGCAGGGAGCUGGACAUGCCGCUGAGGGAUAUGCCCGCGUCACUGGCAAGCCUGGUGUCGUCCUCGUUACCUCCGGUCCCGGAGCAACAAACGUCAUCACCGCCAUGCAGGAUGCCCUCUCAGACGGAACCCCUAUGGUCGUCUUCACAGGACAGGUCGUCGUCAGUGCCAUCGGUUCAGAUGCCUUCCAGGAGGCCGAUGUUGUCGGAAUCUCGCGUGCCUGCACAAAGUGGAACGUCAUGGUCAAGGACAUUGCCGAUCUCCCCCGUCGCAUCAACGAGGCCUUCGAGAUUGCUACCUCUGGACGUCCCGGACCCGUCUUGGUCGAUCUGCCCAAGGAUGUCACUGCCGCCAUCCUCAACAAGCCCAUCCCCGCUGCCCCCGGCAUCCCUGUCAGACCCCCCACCAGCCAGUCGACCUUCUUCACUGGCUUGGCCAAGGAUGCCUCCCAGGUCACCUCCCCCCAGAUCCUCCGCGCCGCUCAGUUGAUCAACGCUGCCAAGCGCCCCCUCAUCUAUGCCGGUCAGGGUAUCUUGGCUCACCCCGAUGGCCCUGCUCGCCUCAAGGAGCUCUCUCACAACGGAAACAUCCCCGUUACCACCACCCUCCAGGGUUUGGGUGCCUUUGACGAAUUGGACCACCGCUCGCUCCACAUGGUUGGUAUGCACGGAUCUGCCUAUGCCAACUUGGCCAUGCAAAAGGCCGAUGUCAUCAUUGCCCUCGGAGCCCGUUUCGACGAUCGUGUCACGGCCAACGUGGCCCGUUUCGCCCCCGAGGCCAAGAAGGCCGCCCUCGAGAAGCGCGGAGGCAUCAUCCACUUUGAGAUCUCACCCAAGAACAUCAACAAGGUCGUUCAGGCCACCGAGGCCAUCGAGGGUGAUGUCACCGAGAACUUGACCAAGCUCUUGCCUUUGAUCGAGGGAUCCGAACGCAAGGAGUGGUUCACCAAGCUCAGCAACUGGAAGAGCCGUUUCCCCUUCUACCACGUCCAGGACCCCAAGGGCAUCCUUGCCCCCCAGACCGUCAUCCAGGAGCUCGACAAGCAGACCGCCCACAUGAAGGAGAAAGUCAUCAUCACCACCGGUGUCGGCCAACAUCAGAUGUGGGCCGCUCAGUACUUCCGCUGGCGCCAUCCCCGCAGUCUCGUCACCUCGGGUGGUCUGGGAACCAUGGGCUUCGGUCUCCCCGCCGCUAUUGGCGCCAAGGUUGGCAAGCCCGACCACAUUGUCGUCGACAUUGAUGGCGAUGCCAGUUUCUGCAUGACCGGUAUGGAGUUGGCCACGGCCGCACAGUACAACAUUGGCGUCAAGGUCCUGAUCCUCAACAAUGACUUCCAGGGUAUGGUCAAGCAAUGGCAGGAUCUCUUCUACGAGGAGCGUUACUCGGGCACUCAGAUGUUCAACCCUGACUUUGUCAAGCUCGCCGAGGCCAUGAACGUUAAGGGUCUCCGUGCCACCUCAAUGGAGGAUCUCCCCGGCGCCAUGGCCGAGUUCUUGGCCCACGAUGGUCCCGUCGUCUUGGAGGCCAAGGUCUGCAAGCGCCAGCACGUCUACCCCAUGGCCGCUGCCAGCAAUGCUCUUGACGAGUUCAUUGUCCACCCCGACCAGGCCGGUCAAAGCCGCGAUUAA